GAUCCUAUCAAAAAGUAUCACGUUAUAAAUAAUAAAUAAAAAAAUAGGAGAAACAAAAUAUAAGAAAUUAUGAAGAUUUUAUAAAUACUCCUGAUAAAAUCUUAAAAAUAAUGAAGAGUCAAAAGAAGGAAAUGGAAACAAGAAUGUUUACCCAGAAAACAAGAACGGAAAGUGUGGUUCAGGACAUUUCAGGGAAUUAUCCUUUAGAAACCAAGAAAAGACCUUUUGAAGACAACAAAAACAGUGAAAAAGGAUCCAGAAAAAAAAAGAAAAAUGUCAAUACAAAAUUGGAACCUGUUGAAGUUAAGAUUGAGGCUAAUGAUAAAAGUGAAAAAGAAAAUGCAGUGGAUGGCGACAGAAAAAACAACACCAAUUCAGAUAAUCAAUUACCAAGCUCAGCUGUAAGCCUAAGGAUACUAUCAGAUCAGAAAUUUUCUACAUUAGAGGGAAAAGUGUGUGAGCCUACUCUGAUGGGCGUCAAAUACAUGGGUUUCACUACUAUGACAGAAAUACAAGCUAAAGCUAUACCACCAUUGUUGGAAGGCCAUGACUUAGUUGGUGCAGCUCAAACUGGCUCUGGAAAAACACUCGCUUUUCUUAUACCUGCUAUUGAACUUAUAUAUAAAUUGAAAUUUAAACCAAAGAAUGGCACUGGUGUCAUUAUUCUGUCUCCCACAAGAGAAUUAUCAAUGCAAACUUUUAGUGUUUUAACUGAAUUGAUGAAAUAUCAUCGACACACAUAUGGUCUGGUAAUGGGUGGUGCCAACAGAAGUAUAGAAGCUCAGAAGUUGUCACAGGGAAUUAACAUAUUGGUUGCUACACCUGGACGGCUAUUAGAUCAUCUUCAGAACACGCCAGAUUUUUUGUAUAAAAACCUCCAAUGCUUGGUUAUUGAUGAAGCUGACAGAAUACUUGAGAGUGGUUUUGAAGAUGAAGUCAAACAAAUCAUAAAGUUGUUGCCCAAAAAUCGACAAACAAUGCUUUUUAGUGCUACACAGACAAAAACAACGGAAGCACUUACAACAUUAGCGGUGAAACAGGAACCGAUGUAUGUUGGUGUUGAUGACCAUAAAGAACAGGCUACAGUGGAGUCAUUAGAACAAGGUAACCUGCCAACUUUAGCCAACGAUUGCUCUUGGCAAAAGUCAGAAAAGCGCAUGAUGGUAUUAUAUACAUUUUUGAAAAAGAACAGAAAGAAAAAAGUGAUGGUAUUCUUCUCAACUUGUAUGUCCGUUAAAUAUCAUCACGAGCUCUUCAAUUGCAUACAUUUACCUGUAAUGUCUAUUCAUGGUAAGCAACAGCAAACAUCGCGAUCCGCGACGUUCCACGAAUUCUGCAAUGCUGAAUCAGGGGUUUUAUUAUGUACGGAUGUUGCUGCAAGAGGUCUCGACAUUCCAGCGGUAGACUGGAUAAUCCAAUAUGAUCCACCAGGUGACCCUAAGGAAUACAUACACAGAGUUGGUAGAACGGCUCGAGGUGUCGGAACAAGCGGGCAUGCGUUACUUUUCUUACGCCCUGAAGAGCUGGUAUUUUUAAAAUAUCUGGAACAAUCUAAGGUCACCCUCAGUGAAUAUAAAUUCGCUUGGAAUAAACUCGUUGAUAUACAACUACAGCUCGAAAAACUCAUUUCAAAAAACUUUUCCCUCAACCGAUAUGCUAAAGAAGCCUUCCAAAGUUACUUACGAGCUUAUCACUCUCAUCAUCUCAAGUAUUGUUUCGAUAUGGAUACUUUAGACAUUGCGAAGGUUUCUAAGUCUUUCGGAUUCGCUGAGCCCCCAGCAGUGGAAUGGAAAGUAACUAACAAAGGUCCGAAAAGAAUAGGUCGUGGCCGGGUACGGAAAUUUUAAAUACAACAACCAGUCACAAGAAUAAGACAGGGAAAAAAAAUAUGUUUUUUGAAAAACAUAGCUUUACUUGUAAGUUAUAAAUUAAAAAACCAUUGUUUU